AUGGCCACCAAACCGUUCGCGAUCAUCGCUGGUGUCGGCCCCGGUACUGGAGCCAGCAUCGCCCGGAAAUUUGCCCAGGCGUACUCUGUUGUUGUUCUGGCCCGGAACGCAGCAAACUACAAGCCUCUAGUACAGGAGAUCAACUCCUCUGGCGGACAGGCCCUCGGCAUCAGUUCCGACCUUUCAGACUCAGAGAGUGUCAAAUCCGCAUUUAAGCAGAUCUCCCAGCACCAUGCAAGCUCGCCUCUUGCGGCAGCGGUGUUCAACGUGGGCGGGGGAUUCGUAAAGAAGCCGUUUCUCGAACUUACCGAAGAGGAGUUCACACUGGGCUACCGGAGCCAGGGACAAGGAGGAUUCAACUUUGCACAGACUUCUCUCCCUCUCCUCCUACAGGCGAAGGGAUCAUUGCCACACCCCCCAACCUUGAUCUUCACCGGAGCCACCGCGAGUGUGAAAGGCUCGGCGACCUUCGCGACCUUUGCAACUGGGAAAUUUGCCCUGCGUGCCCUGGCCCAGUCGCUCGCGCGCGAGUUCGGGCCCCAGGGCGUGCACGUCUCGCAUGUUAUCAUCGACGGCGUGAUCGAUACCCCCAGGACCAAGGCAUGGGCGAAUGAGCACGAAGAUGGGAAGCUUGAUCCGGAUGCGAUCGCGGAUGCAUACUGGCAUUUGCAUACGCAGCCCCGCACGACGUUUGGAUUCGAGUUGGAUCUUCGGCCGUAUGUGGAGAAGUGGUAG